GUUUGAGUCAGUACUAUCUCGGACGGCCUGGUGACAACAUUUUAAUAGCUUUGUUUAAACUCGAGAGAGAAAAAAAAGUCCUGGAAAACAAGGUUGUGGGGUCCGUGUCUAAAUGGAUUUUCCAUCGGGACAGAGCAGAUGCGUGAAGACAGACAGGCAACUGGGUCAAACAGAAUCGGAUAGAUGACACAGAAUCGAGGGGACGAUAAUUGCUCAGCAACCAUUCUUCCCACGGCUUGUCUCAUCUCACGAUGGAUAUCAUGGUGACCAUGGCGAUUGCUCUUUUAAUCGGCUAUCUGCUUUAUGUCUAUUCGAAAUGGAAAUCGUUCCCCCCUGGGCCCUGGGGUCUUCCCAUCGUCGGCUACCUGCCCUGGAUCGACAAGGACAAACCAUACAUCACACUGACUGAACUGGCGAGACGUUACGGCCCCAUCUAUAGCGUGUCGAUGGGCUCGGUCUCGACCGUCGUUGUCUCCGACGCGCAGCUGAUCAAGAACGCGUUAUCCAGGGACGUUUUCUCUGCGAGGGCCAACCUCUACCUCACACAUGGAAUUAUGAAAGGAUACGGGCUGAUCGCUGCCGAAGGUGAAAAAUGGAAGGAGCAGCGACGUUUCGUGUCGUCUUUCCUGAAGGGGCUCGGAGUCGUGAAAGUCGGCGCAAAGAGGGCGUUGAUGGAGAAGAAAAUUCUCGAAGGCGUCCGUGAAGCAGUCGGGAUGCUGAGUCGACUCGAUGGAAAAGCGGAGGAUCCUCACAACAUCCUUCUUCACUCCAUCGGCAACGUGAUCAACUUGGUCGUCUUCGGAAAGACAUGGGCAUACGACGACCCCCAGUGGAUCUGGCUAAGGCGUCUUCUAGCAGACGGAAUCAAACUAAUCGGCAUUGUAGGGCCUGUCAAUUUCUUGCCUUUUUUGAGGUGGUGGCCUGGUUACAACCGUUUGUUGCGCUACCUGAAAGACGGAAAGUCGGAGACGCACAAGGUCUACAAGGAGAUCUCGGACGGCUCGUCGACGGACGGCGAACAUCUCCUCGCCAAUUAUAAAGCGGCCAUGGCGAACUCGCAAGGAAGACAUUUUGAGGAAAAACAGAUGUUCCACGUUUUGGCGGACAUGUUUGGGGCCGGAACCGACACCACGCUCUCCACGCUCAGGUGGUUCCUGCUUUUCAUGGCGGUCAACCCCUCCAUACAGAGCAGAGUGAGGGAGGAGUUGGAAAAGGCGCUAAACGGCCGGCAAGAUCCGACCUUGGAAGACAUGGAAAACUUGCCGUACACCAUGGCAUGUCUGUUUGAAACCCAAAGGAUCCGAGUGAUCACACCUCUGGGCAUUCCGCAUGGUACGUGGGAGGAGACGGAUCUAGGAGGAUACAGAAUCCCUCGAGGCGCGAUGAUCAUGGUACUCCAAUGGGCUGUCCAUAUGGAUCCGGAGGUAUGGGACGACCCGGAGUCUUUCCGACCCGAAAGGUUUAUCGAUUCGGAAGGAAAAGUGAUUAAAAAUCACCACAACUUCAUGCCGUUUCAAUGCGGGAAAAGGAUUUGCCUAGGCGAGGAAAUGGCUAAGAUGAUGCUGUUUCUGUUUGGAGCCGGCAUCCUGUGCAGAUUCGUCGUCCGCGUAUUAGAAAAGGGUGAUGAUCUUCAGAAAGCGUUGGAAGGCAACAUGGGCAUCACAUUCAGCCCUGAGAGCCAUCAUCUCGUAUUUCAAGAGAAGACCAGUGUGCAAGCGGAUGGAACAUGAUUUGGUCAGUUGUCAGGUUUUGUUCGAAUGUAAAUAAUCAAAAUGAAUAUUUUAUUAAAUGUUUUGCUUUCAA